AUGCCUGAAAGAAGCUUUCUGGUAUUCUCAUUGCGCGCCAUUCUCAAUGAUUAUACCGCAGGCGUAAAAGACCACCGAAAUGAAGGUCCAAAGACUGCGCGUUUAAAGAUCGUGUACAAGGAUGCUGAAUUAAGAGAACUACUCGAAAAUGUGUCUGAAAGUUCUCAAUCACAGGCAUACUACAUUUCAGGCAAUACUAUUGAGCAACUGAAUAUUGUCAAAGGUCAUAAUCAGGGAACAAUAUCACGAAACGCGACAUUCAUCCAGAAACGCUCAAGGGAAACAACGCCAACGUCAGCAUCAUCUACCCAGCCCUCUUCACCUACAGGCAUAAAAAGAAACCGAAGAAGUACGACAAAUGAAGAUUUUGUUUCCUCCGAAUUUAUUACUGUCAGUGACAACAAUACUGAUGACAACUCUUCACCCUCGUCAUUCUUCCCGUCAGACCUUAUGGCUACACCUGUUGGCUACACCUGCAGAAUGGAUAUGUGUGAGCUUCCAGGUAACACAUGCACUCCUCUGCCCAUCCCCAAUCCCCACUUUGCGGCCAUGGUGGAUAGUAGCAUUAAAAAGUCUGAUGAGACCCAACUGUUCCCCACAGACUGUGACGCACGUUUAUACGACUCGUCCAUUUUUAGUACCGACGGCGCUUUCUUGAGCAAUACUGGUAGUGAUAGUUUGUCAGAGCGCAUCUAA